AACAUAGAUGGAAAAUUUGACAACUGUCAAAUUUUCGCGUCCGUUUAGAAGCAGGGCACACUUCAGUCACAGGCUGGGUAGCCCUAUCUCCGCGUUCGAACACAGGACCGGGGCAACUACGACUGGAACUCACUGAAGAUAGGUUGACUGUGCCGAAAAGAUAAAGAACUCCCAUAGAGCCUGUUUUAAUGCGUCCCGGGUUUAGUUCGAUGUCAUUUAUUGAUUCAUGGCUGGUGGUCCGAUUCAGGUUACGAUACGAUGCCUAAUGAGAGGUUGCUCGAACAAGGUUCAGGGCUACAUCGAUAUUGGAUUAAUGUUAACUACCCCACAAUAUGGGUAUUUUUGGAAUCGGGGUGACAUGUAGGAACCGCAAAUCCAUGUCUGAAACCAAACUCAAAUCUCAAACGAUUAUUCGGUGUUAAGCCGCGGUGGUCAAUUUGUCCCCGGAUUUCGGAACCUCAUUUGUUAUUCAAUCCGUAUAAUGUAAAAUUAAAUCGUAUGAUUUACGUAUUCUUCCAACUUGAAUUCACCGAAAAAAAAAAUCCUUCUCCACCACAAUCCGGUAAGUUGCUUCCAUCUGAACGGAAUUCCCAUCCAGUGUUUGCAAAAAAUUGGCAAACUCACCAAAGGCGAACAUCACGCUCAUAUUGGGAAAAUAGAAUUUGAUCUUAUUAUUUAAUUUAACAACACUCUUUUUUAGCUUCACAGCCUAUAUUCGAUGCGUCGCAAUUGAUAACACCAACCGAAUCGAAAAGAAAACAUUAACCAUGCCAUGCUUGCAGAAAAUUCGACAUUUUUCAUAGAACAGCACAUCAUCCAGAAAAUAUAAUCGAUUAUUAUCGACUACUUAUGUUAAACUGAUAAAAAAUGAUUAAUGGGACAUCCACCCUAUAUAAUAGGAACAGCCGUUACCGUACCGACGGAUCCAUAAUUUCGGAUCUUCAAGAAGACUUCGAGUGAUGCUCCAAUGUGACUCCAGCGAUUGCUGUUGGAGGCUGACUGAUUACGCCGUUUGCUUGGCGAACUUGGGAUCCUGGCUGUUACCGACCUGAUUAACCAUGGACAUACGUGAUUUGAACCCGUGAACAGAACGGUCCUUGGUUCAAAGAUUGAAAUUUCUUAUCAACAUUCUUUCAAUAUUUCAGCUUCAUUCGUACUCGAAGCAUGAAUUGCUGAAGGAGAUUCAACUGGAGCUCAUCCGUCAGGAAAGAAUUGUCGCCCGAAGGCCCAAAAAUUCACUCAACUAACAAUGUAUCUCUCGCCACCCCGUGGUUGUCUGUACAAAAUGAUAACCUACCGACUGUGCAAGAUCUUGUGCUACCUGAUCGGAGCGGUGAAUACUUUUCUGGUGAUGCAAAUCGUAGCUCAUGUUAUCAUUCCCGCCUCGUCGAAAGGCGUCACCGCUCUGCUGCUGCCACCAUGCUUCGGAAAUCUGUUCCUGGCCGGAAUACUGAUCAUUGGCGUUUCCCAGCGAAUGCCCGCAUUCGUCAAGCUUUUCCGAACGUUCAUGUUUUUCCAGAUAGCUUUCCUCGUGCUGUUAGCCGUCUACUUCUUUCGAUUGAUUGUCCACGGUAGAGACGAGCUGCGUGUUCCUGCCAAUGCUUCCCUUGUGCUAAUAGCCUUGUUUGGUGUAGAAACACUGAUAGCCACCGGUGGUCUGCAGACGGUGCUAAGUGAGCCCCCGCCUUUCGAAGAAGGAGCCGUCAUAUUUCAACGCCUCUAGUCUAGAUUUGCUUUUGAUGGUUUAUCGUUGACCAAAGCCAUAGGGUUAACAAUUCUAUUCCCGGAUUAACAUGCAUGACUUUACUUUUGUUGUGCCUUUGAAUAGUGAAACAAUCCGAAAGAUCCACAGAAUUUGGUAUCCUAUUGACUAAUAACAGUUAAGGCGUGAGCAUUGGUUACUUACGGUUAGCAGAUAUCGAUAAUAUCGAUACUAUCGGGUUGCAGCCGAUAUAUUUUAACCCGAUACGUUAAUAACUCGGCUACAAAAACGUUUCCAGAACCAGGGUACGGCACCAAUUUGACAUAAAGUCUGGAACGCGCAAAAACUGGUCAACUUCAAAUUUGUGUAUUUCUGUUAAAAAUGCAUUAAAAAAAACCUGAAAUGCUGCAUUUGGAAGUUGAGUCUAUAUACAAUAGACCUGUUCAUUUUAACAAUAAUGUUUGGGAUGCACCGUGAUUACUGUUCAUCAUGUUAAUUUGUACUUCUGCGCAAAUGUUCAGCAAAAUCGGUGAUGAUUUAGAGGUGCUUCAAGUUAAUUUUAUGUUUUUAAGGUAAUUUACGGCUUAUAAUAUAUGUAUCUCGAGACUGCUGUAACAACUUUCAUAGCAACUUUCUACCAACUUUGUGACUAAAGGUUGACUAUUCAAAGUGAUUUUAUUGAAGUUUGACUUAGUUUCAUGCUCGAAGAUAUCUUAAAAAGUGAAGAAUUUACAGUAUUUGUUCUACGAACUUUUCACCCAUAUGAUAUAAAAAUGUGUAAUCUACACACACUUAAAAAUAGCUAUUUUUACACGAGACCUCAUCCAUCUUUGACGUUAAUUAUGGAACGUAAACAAACAUUUCAUGUAAAGUUAAGUGUUCCCAAACCGAAACAUACGCAACUCGACGAAAAGUACGAUUGAUUGAAUUUAUAUUCUCGUUUCUUUCAACUGAUUCUUAUAUCAUUUGAGCCGAUUGCAUGUGUCGGUCUCAGAGCACGGAAAUUUACAUGACUUUUUGGUAGUGUGCAGUAUAAUGUUCCUUAUAAUGUUCUAGAAAUUUCGUUCAAACAUAGUUUUCGUGUAUAUUACAUAGAUUAAUAGAUAAAAAUCAGAAAAGAUGCCGUUAUAGCUAAAAUUCACAAGACAACAGAGCCAAUAAAAGUUACAAUUAGAUCGACAGAACAUAGUUGCAUUGCUUUUCAAUGACGACCGAUGAGUGUUCCAUUGAUAGAUGAUUUUUUUUAGAAAUAUGAAUCCUCAGUAGACGUGUUUUUUUUCAUCAAAGGCAA